AUGACUGCGCCAACGAUUGCUGAAGUUCUAGUCACCGGGUGGAUUGCUCGGUUUGGUGUCCCAGCCUACGUCACGACCGACCAAGGACGGCAAUUCGAGUCCUCGCUGUUCUCCGAACUGACUCGCAUGCUUGGAACCGCCCACCUACGCACGACGGCAUACCACCCCCAAUCGAAUGGUAUCAUCGAACGGUGGCACAGGACCUUGAAAUCAGCCAUCCUUUGCCACGAUCCCGAUCAUUGGAGCGAACAUCUGCCGAUGAUCUUGCUUGGCCUGCGAACAACCUACAAGGAAGACAUCAAGGCAUCUCCGGCCGAGAUGGUUUACGGAACAACCCUCCGAAUACCAUCCGAGUUUUUCGUCGAAAGUUCGAAGGGCCGAAACGAAACCGAAUUUGUUGCAAACCUCCGAAAAUCGAUGAGCAAUCUACGCCCGACAGAAACAGCGUGGCACGGCAGCCGCAAUUUCUUCGUUCACCAGGACCUUCAAUCGUGCAAGAACGUCUUCGUGCGCAACGACUCGAUUCGGCCAUCGUUAUCACCUCCCUACGAAGGACCUUUCGAGGUGGUAAGCCGAGGUGAAAAAUUCUUCAGCGUAUGCAUCAAGGGGCGGACAGUAAACGUUUCGGUCGACCGCCUGAAGCCCGCCUACACACUGGACGAUCAGGAUUCACCGAGUGCACCAGAUUCGGCAGCCACAACAUCCGCCACGACUCCAUCGACUAGGGUCACUCGUUCUGGUCGACGAGUCGUUAUUCCACUCCGUUAUCGCUAG